AUGGAAACCUUUGAUUCACAGCCCCUAUCCCGGUUCUCCCCUGUGACCCCAAUGCAACUGUCCACCCUCAUGGCUGGAAUGAACUCCACCUGCACUCUGGACCCCAUACCAUCUAAAUUAUUCAGGGAAUGCCUCCCUCCCAUCUCCCAACUCAUAACCACAAUCAUUAACUCCUCCCUCUGCUCUGGAUCAGUCCCCCCCUCACUCAAACUGGCUGCUGUUACACCCAUACUGAAAACCCCUGGACUCACACCUGACAUCAUGUCCAACUUCCAGCCCAUCUCCAAUCUCCCCUUCCUAUCAAAACUACUCAAACGUGGUGUAGCCUCCCAACUGAAAUCCCACCUCAGCUCCAAUAACCUGUUUGAACCCUUUCAAUCAGGAUUCCGCAUAAAGCACAGCACAGAAACAGCCCUCCUCAGAAUCACUAACGACCUCCUCCUCUCCUCAGACUCCGGCAAUCUCAACAUCCUCAUCCUCCUCGACCUCACAGCAGCGUUCGACACCAUCAACCACACCAUCCUGCUGUCCCACCUGGAAUCAUCUCUUAACAUCACUGACACUGCACUCUCCUGGCUGAAAUCACCAGUUCAUCACCAGUUCAUCCACAUCAAUAACUGCACUUCCUCCACUGCCCCUCUGUCCCAAGGCGUCCCCCAGGGUUCGGUGCUUAGUCCCCUCCUCUUCAUCCUCUAUAUGUUCCCCCUUGGAAAAAUCAUCCGCUGCCACAACCUCCAGUAUCACUGCUACGCUGGUGACAUCCAACUCUACAUCUCCACAAAAACCAUCACUGCCACAACUCACUCACCAACUGUCUCUCAGAAAUUAAAUCCUGGAUGCAAACCAACUACCUUCAACUGA